AUGCCACCUGACUGUUCAAAAGAUAUUUGGAACAAUUUAACAGAGGAUGAUAUUAGAGGACCUUUGACUGGAUAUACUGGCAUAGUAGAUGAACUACAUGAACUUUAUGACAAACAUUCAAUACUUCUUGGAUUUUCAAUAAGAAAAAAUACAUUAAGGAGAGAUCAAAAAACGGGAGAGAUAAAGGAAAGAUACUUUUGUUGUUCAAAGGAAGGAAAGAGAAAGGAAAACACAAAGAACACAAAGAAAGAAGAAGCAACAGUAUCAAGUGAGAGCAAACAGAAAGGGCAGUCAAAGAACCCAAGGCAGCAAAACCUUACUAGAACAGGGUGCAAUGCAUCUAUACGAUUGAAGUUACAAAAGGAUGGAAAGUUUAUAGUCUUUCAUCAUGUUAUAGAACACAAUCAUGACUUAACAAGAGAGUCACUGCAAAACUUUGAAAGAUCACAAAGAAAAAUUGAUGAAGAAAAGGGAAAAGUAAUUGAAGGACUCACACUAUCAGGAAUAACACCAGCAGAUUCCUAUAGAUAUAUGUGUAAUGAAGCUGGCGACGCAAGGGUGGUUGGACACACAUUAGUUGACCACAUGAAUUUCACAAGUAGAUUGAAAAUGAAAAGACUAGAAGAAAAAGAUACACAAGCGGUUGUGAACAUGUUAAUUAAGAGAGGAGAAGAAGAUCCAACAUUUUAUUUUCGAGUAAAGGUGAACGAGGCAAACCAAGUAAUAAGCAUGUUUUGGAGGGAUGGAAUGAUGCAAGAAGAUUAUGACGUAUAUGGUGAUGUCUGUGUCUUUGACACAACUUUCAGAACAAACAAAUACAAUUUAGUUUGUGCGCCAUUUGUAGGUGUCAACAACCAUUGGAGUAAUGUGAUGUUUGGUUGUGCUUUUAUUGCUGAUGAGAAGACACACACUUUUGUGUGGCUAUUGGAAACAUUCCUGGAGUCUAUGGGAGGAAAAGCACCUAUAACUAUCUUUACAGAUCAAGAUCAAGCAAUGGAAAAUGCUAUUGAACAAGUGUUUCCUAAUACCAGACAGAGAUUAUGCUUAUGGUACUUACAAAAGAAUGCUGUGUCAAGAUUUGGAGACUUAAAAGCUGACAAUACCUUCAAAGACACAUUCAAGAAGAGUGAGAGCACUAACAAUGCAAUUGGAUUUAAAGGGAACAAAUCAACUUCACUAACAGAAUUCUUUCACAUUUUUGGAGCAACAGUGGAUCGUUGGAGAUAUCAAGAAGAUCAAAAUGAAUAUGAUUGUGGAAAUGCUUUGCCUAAAUCUGAUUUUCCAAUGGUCGGAAUGAUAAAACAUGCGGCAAAUGUUUACACACUUACAUUGUUUAGAGAUUUUGAAAAACAAUUCAAGUAUGCAAUGGGUUGUAUCUCAAAUGUCAACUACAUCAAUGGAAAUUUCUUUGGUUACAAAGUGCAACAUGAAUCUUGGCCAGAACAUACUGCCCAUUAUGUAGCAUUUGAUCCAACAACAAAUUCCAUUAAAUGCACUUGUAGGAACUUCGAAGAAUCGGGUUAG